AAUAAUUAAAAAAAAGACAGAAAUAAUAUUAUAAAAUGUCUUUUGAGCAGUCCUCAAUGUAACCUUAAUAAAAAGAGAACCCUCUCUGCAACAUUUAUUAAAUACUCAAAACCUAUCUCUCUCUCUCUCUGUCUUUACUCAUUGUCGUUAUGGUCGCGCCGCCUAUAUCCGCCGCGUCCUUAGAGCUCCCUCCUCCGUUCCCCGCCGUCUUCGAACAACCAAUGGAUAAACUCAGCUUCCCGAAUGAGUUCCCUUACGAGUUUGCCUCAACGUUUUCAACUUCUCCAGAAGACUCAACGGAGACGGAAGAUGAAACAAGCGACGACGAAGAUGACUUUUUAGCCGGGUUAACUCGCAGACUCGCUCUCUCGACUCAGCGCCUCUCUUCUCCUUCCUUCGUCACCGACAAGUCUCAGAUGAAACCUAAAGUCACUGAGUCAACUCAGAGUGGACUCGGAAGUCCUAAUGGACCGUUUUCUCAAGCUCCUUCACCGCCGGCAUCUCCGUUUCGCGAAGAAGACUCUUUGAAAGUGUUAUCUGCUGCAGCUGGAGAAGUCGCCAAGAUCAAAAAGGCUAACUUUGAUGCUAAACCCAUCAGCCGCCCAAACCCUAACCCUAGUUCCUUAAUCCCUUUUCCUCAAAACGCAGCGUUUUAUAACUACUACUGGCUAUGGCAGCCGCAUUAUCAUCAAUCUCAGAUAGGAAGAGUCCCAAAUGCUUGGCUUGUGUCUCCUUCUCCCGUUAGAGGCGUAUACACCGCUCCAACCGCCGUCAAAUCGCCGUCGACUGGUACCGGCGUUUUCCUUCCCCGGAAAUACUCAAUCCCUUCUGAUUCCCGGAAGAAUUCAGGAGGUGGAUGUGUUAAGGUUGUUAACCAACAAAAACCUAAAAUUGAAGAGUUAUCGGGUCGGUGUAAACCAAAUUCGAAAGCUGGUCUCUCUACAGGACGCAUCAAAACGGAUUACGUAGCUGGUGGUGGUUGUUUGAAGCAAGAAAGACCUCUUCCACAAGAAUGGAUGUACUGAGAGUUUGAAUUAGGUUCUGUAGGAUUCAGGACUUGGAAGAAAAAAAUUACAGAAAUGGUCGUAGUUAGUGGGUUGACUUUAUAGUGUUGAUUGUGAUGGUUACUGGUUAUAGCAAAGAAUAAUUUUGUGGGGUUAAGUUGGACUGGGAUUUAUUUAUAUUUACUUAGGAGGAUAGCAAAAUCAGUUUCUAAUAAGCAUAUUUUUGGCCUUGGGAGAGUUUUUCAGAUAACUCUUCUUUGGCAUAAGGUUAGUGCAAACAACGUAGAGAUGUGUUGAGAGUACUUUAGGGUGUUUUCUGCAAUUUUGGAAUCUAUGGGGUUGCAAUAAAAAAAAAAAUUUGGUUUGUUUGGUUAAAAGAAUCAAAGUUGUAGUGAAUUAUAGUUGUAAUAGAAGAGAUUGUAUCUGAAGUUGUUUCCUUAAUUUUCUUAUCAAUAUUUAAGUUUUGUGGCA